AUAUUAGUUAACUUAGCUAUGCUUAUACUACUAUUGAUUCUUGAUGCUAAGGUGACGGCUCAUAGUUAGCACUAGCACCCCAUCAAUAUUACAUGCCACAAGCAAUACUAUAAUACACUACACUAUAUACAACACUGUACACAACGCAUCACACACUACCAUACAGCGCACUAACCUUUACUGCUACAGUAAUGUGUGAGGUGCUGGCAACUUGGGGCGUCUCCAUACAAAUUUUGACCACGCACUAAAAGUUGUCGAUUUUUCUAAAGUAUGUAAACUCAAACUGUGUAAACUCUACACCACUUAGUUAAUAUAGUAAAUAAACAGAAACAGUAUAAAUGACGGAUUAUAACUCAAACACCGUUGCACAGUUAAAGGACUUGUUGAAGGAGAAGAGCUUAUCGCUCGAUGGAAAGAAAGCCGAAUUAGUCCAAAGAUUAGUGGACUAUGAUAAUCAACAAGCUAGUGAAGCAGCUGAAUCAGUUACUGAGCCAGUAGCAGAAGCUGAUGGUGAGACUAUCGCUGAAGAUGUAGCAUCAGCAGAUUCAGCUGUUGGAACAGUAGCUGAAGAAUCUGGUGAACCAGCUGAUGAUAAAGAUGAAUCAACAUUGACAGUAAUCCAACCAGCCAAAAAGGAAGAACCUAAAGUAUUAACUCCAGAAGAAAGAAAGCAAUUAGCUAUUGAAUUGUUGAACAAGAAGAUACAAAGAGCUGAAAAAUUUGGAGACGAAGCUGCUGCCGAAACUGCCCGUAAGGAUUUGGUAAGAGUUGAAAAAUUUGGUGUCGAACCAGGCACUGCCUUGGCCAGAGAAAUUGGAAUUGUUGAUAGGGAAUUGGGUAAUAAAAAAUUCAACAACAGAAGAAGAAGAUUCAGUAAUAAUGGUAAGAACCACAGAGGCUUUAAAAAUAGAAAUAGUAAUAAUAAGCGUAGAAAUUGAAUUGAUCUGAUUUGACCUAACUUGACCUAAAAUUAUCUCUUGUGUAUUAUAUAACU